AUGAUAACUGUCAACACAGAAAACAUAGCAGCCAUUGAGUCAGCCUCCCAAAGCAACUUCAUCAUUGAAAAAUACAGUGACGUAUUUAAUGGCCUGGGUAAACUGGAUGGAAAAUUACACCUCGAUGUUGACAAAUCAGUUACGCCAGUAAAACUACCAACAAGAAAAGUCCCGAUUGCAAUGAAGGCACCGUUAAAAUCUGAAAUCGACAGACUGUCAGAUUUAGGCGUUUUGGCUCCAGUAACAGAACCGACUGACUGGAUAUCGUCAUUGGUGGCUGUACGGAAGCCCAGUGGGAAAAUGCGUCUGUGUAUAGAUCCCAAACCUCUGAACAAAGCGCUAAAGAGAAAUUACUAUGCAACACCAACUAUAGAUGAUAUUUUGCCAGAACUAAGCCAAGCCAGAAUUUUUUCUGUAGUAGACUGCAAGGAUGGCUUUUGGCAUAUUACUCUCGAUGAUGAGAGUAGUUUUCUCACAACAUUCGGAACCUCUUGGGGUAGAUAUCGAUGGCUCCGCAUGCCAUUCGGUAUUAAACCAGCAAGCGAAGAAUUCCAGCGGAGAAUGGAUGAAGCUCUAUCUGGUAUACAUGGAAUCAAAGCGAUUCAUGACGACAUAGUCGUAUACGGUUGUGGAAACUCGGAUGACGAGGCCAUACGUGAUCACGACAAAAAUUAUCUACCUUGCUAG